AUGGCUUUGUCCCGGACGCUGGGUCAUGAGAUCGCUGCCAUCGGACUAUUGGCCACCUCUCUUUAUGGCUCCAUUUACAAAUCAUCCAAUUUGACCAAGCGGGCGCACAUUGAAGUUGGUCUUUUACUCGAUGUUCUCGGCGUAACAGAAUUGUGCUGCAAGCUACGGAGGGAGGACUAUGUCCCCCCAGCCCUAAACAGGGCCCUGGGGAGUUGUCAGUCGGCAUUGCAAGACCUGCAGAGGCUUGAACAAGCAUCACAAGAAGUAGAACUAUCGAGCACAUUGCUGGAGAUUCAGGAUCGCUUCUCGUCUCUGAUUUUCGAGCUGAAUAUGAUGAAUGUCGAUAUGAUGAUAUCCACUCAAAAUAAUGCGAACCGCAUGUUGCAGGGCUACCUUGAUCAAGUCAAGACUGGAGAGCGAGACUUGGCAGUUCUCAUUGAUGUCCUCGAUGACACCUUCCCGAAACUCCAGAAGGGUGAUGCAUGGAGAAAGCUUCAGCAAGAGCUACACGAUAUGGGGAUCAUGCCAGAAUGGUCGGAUCGAGAUCACGAUUAUAUCAUCUCAACAAUCCGAGAGGCUAUUGACAAGGAAGACUUGUUGAAGAGCAUUAAGCAGAAGUCAAAUUUACCAGACUCUCCAGAUAUUCCAACAGACACGUCCAUGAAUGGGUCGUCUGGAAAAGCAGAAGAGCAGCCUACACGAGAUACGCCUCCUGUUCCAACGCAACCGUCAGAUAGAGACCAUUCUGAUAAGGAGGUGUUAUUAUUACCAACAGAAGAUCUGCCUAUCCCGGUGGCGUUUGAAUUUCAAGGCACCUUCGAUAUGGGAAAGCAGGCAUUACCCAUAGAUGAUUUCCCAAUACCCAUUGCCACAGAGCAAUUAUGGCCAGGAAGUCAAGAUACUCGUGCCAGAGCUCUAGCACAGGUCGGAUUGCCUAUCCCGGUGGAAUCCGAGAUCAACCAUUUUCCCAUUCCCGUGGCGCCUGAUACCAGUACUGACCGUACUUCCGAAACGAGAUCCAAGACCGGCUCAGUCCGCAUCAAUGCCCACCUGCAACCUCCGACCACUCGCAAAAAAAGGGCUAGUCUUGUUUCCCGGAUGAAGUACAAGUUGACAACCUCCAAAGAAGAAUUUAUUGCCUUAGUCCAGAUGGGUGGCCUGUAUUCCGUGAGAGUGGCCUUAGACAAAGGCGCCGAUGUGAACACAUCCAACCUAGACGGCCAAACAGCUUUGAUGGUAGCAGUCUCUUUCCGCCAUACACAGAUUGUCAAGCUGCUGCUCGAGUACGGCGCCCUGCCGAAUAAAGUCUCGGCUCAGGGGGAUACGGCCCUGGGAACAGCUGCCCUGAUGGGGCUGGACGAUAUCGUGCAGAUGCUCCUGCAGCACGGCGCCAACGUCGAGGCCGCAAAGAAUCUCGGCAAGACCGCGCUCUCCCAAGCGGCAGCGGCAGGACACGAAAGUAUUGUGCGGAGGCUGCUGAAUGCAGGAGCUGAGCCCAACACGCUGUGCAGUAGCGGCGACACGGCGCUGUCUCGGGCGGCUCUCUAUGGCCGAGUCCCAAUCGCUCGGUUGCUGUUGGAUUGUGGCGCGGAUGUCAAUAAGACCGCUUACCCCUGGAAAACGGCAAUCUGGAAGGCUGCACACGACAACAGAGCAGCCAUGGCCGAGUUACUGAUGCAGCGUGGUGCAGAUCCAACCAUCAAAGAUUCUCGUGGUCAGACGCCGUUGGAACUAGUUGCCACCUUCAACUACACCGAAAUUAUUGGCAUCUUCCAACGAUAUGGAUAUAACGUAGUGAAGAAAGGGGGCUCUAUCCAACAUUGCUGA